UGGAUGGACUACUAAUAGCACCAAAAGACUCGAUCACUUAUCACCAGGAGACGAGAGAGAGAUAUAUUCUAUUCUUUAUGACCAGCUUCACUUGCGGAUCUUGAAUCUUUAGAUUUGGAAAGUGCUGCAAACCCAAGAAAAAGAAACCUACCUGCUGAUAGCAAAUUCAAGAUGCUAAGUAAAAGACGUGAAGUAGUGCCUCCAAAAUCUUUAGAAAUCAAGCAAGAUGACAAGUUCUUCACUAGAAUCAUGUCCAAAGAAACCUCCAUGGCUAAUUCUUCUUGCAGGAUCUACUACGGAGGUGCUUCAGGUGCAAUUCCUUUCAUGUGGGAAUUAAGACCAGGUACUCCUAAGCACACUCUUGCUAAUACUUCUAUUAAUCCUCCUUUGACACCCCCUCCUUCAUAUUAUUCCACUCUUAAAUCAAAAUCCAUGUACAAAAGAUCAUUAAAACAAAGCAUCAUGAGCACCAUCUUCCAUGGUAAAAAGAAGACUCAUGUCUCACCUUCAUCUUCCAUGUCUUCUACUACAACAUCAUCUUCUUCAUCAUCGUUGUCGUCAUUCUAUUAUUCAUCCUCAUCAACCUUCAAGAACUCGAAAUUUCGAAACCGUUCAUUUUUUUCAUGUUCAAGAUCUCCAAUUCAUUAUACAAUCAAUGGUGACGAACAAGAAGAUGGCGACGAUGGUGAUGAUGAUAAUGAUAAAGAUAACAAGCGCAACAUUAAAUCGCCUACAUCAACAUUGCGCUAUGGUGGUAGAGGUAAAGGUUUGAAUGUGUUUGGAGGUUGCUAUUUAAUGGAGAAUAUGAAGACUGCAUUCUUGUCCAUUGUUGGACAUGGAUCUGGCUAAGAUAUGCUGGUUGGUAAUGCUUAAUUAGAUAUUAGUUAUUUUCCCUACGGUGUUAAUAAUUGAUUUCGAUUCCAAGUGGAAACUUGAUGUGUUCAGUGUUCUGUUAUUUGUUUUUAAUGGUAAUAUAACUGUGAAAUCAUUUGUGUGAACAUCUUGUUCAAUGUCAAAUCUCUGUUCUUAGGUUUCUUUCAUCUA